UGUUCAUUGGCGUCAACCAUAGACAUGACCUUCCGGUCAAAAUAACAACAACAAAAACAAAAAAAGAUCGAUUUUUCCACCAAUAUUCAUUACAAUGAUGUUCAAAUGACAUUAUUUCUACGAUAGUACGAAGUAGUAUCUAAUCCUUUCGUAUUUUGCAACAAACUUUGACAACUGCAGGAUUGCUAAUCAGUUCUGUAUGGUUGGCUGCACAUCUGAUAUUGAGAUGAGAUGUCCUCCCCUUCUCCUACACCAGUGCGUGCCAUUUAUGGAUUUGUUCUCUACCUGGCAGCUUACGUAAUUUUUGUUGUGUAUGUUGUGUGGGCCUAUGUUCCUGAUACGUGGUUAGAUGCUGUUGGUUUGUCAUAUUGGCCACAAAAAUACUGGGCUGUAGCAGUUCCGUGUUAUUUAUGUAUGUUAUGGGUACUGGCUUAUCCUGCUUGGUUUGGAUACAUUCAUCUUUGUACAGCUCCAUUAGAUUGCAUGGACUUGAUUACAGAUGAAUUUUCACAGGCCCCAAACAGAGAAAAUAUUCGUGACGGCAAUGACACUCCACCUUUAGCGGACAUUCUAUAUCAGAUGCUUCUUUUAUUUCAGAUGAAUUUUCACAGGCCCCAAACAGAGAAAAUAUUCGUGACGACAAUGACACUCCACCUUUAGCGGACAUUUCUAUAUCAGAAGUGAAUAGAAAACUGUAUUUGCAGGAAGUCAUUCCAGAAGAACACUAGUCAUAUCAUUUCCACUAAAGACUUUGUGAAGAUUGUAUGUCUAAAUUGUUGUGGAAAAAAAUUAUUUUUCCUUAUUAUUGUUUUUUCGAAGUCAUGUGUUCAUGAUUGUUGGGUUAUUCUUACUUCGA